AAUGAGUUCAUAUAUUAUAGCAGGCAGUUCUGAUAAAGUAGAUACAGCUGAAGUAUUCUCUAUUCUUUUAAACUUAAUAGUGUGAGAACAUGGCCAAUCUAAUUAGACAAUAUUAUCCAGAAAUCUCAUUCAAAAUUGUAUUGAAAGAUCUAACUUAAUGGGAAUAAUAUGCUGAUGAGAUUUGUAGAAUAUAUGGAUUUAAAUAAAAAAGUAAUCCCAUCAUAUAUACAAUGGAUGGAUGUCUAAUUGGAGACAGAAAUGUAUUAUUAUGCAAAUCAUUUAGGCAUUUAUUUCAUUAGCAGAGAGUAGAUUUGGUUUCUCUGAUCCAAAAUUAAGAUAAGGACCUAUUACUCCUGAUGUCAAUAAGAAAAUAGCCAAAUAAGAAUUGGAUCUAAAAUUAAAAUUAUAGAGAAACAAGAAAACAUUAGUAGAGAAAAUAGAAUAACAGAUGCUUAUCAUUUAUUCUAAUAAUAUUGUAUAACCAACAGAUGGUGUAUUCAAAUAGUCAUUUAAAAGUGGUGUCAAAGAAAAAUUGAAGACUUGGUAUGAUUCACUAAAUAAUUUAAUACGAACAGAUGUCAAACGUAACUUAUCAACUGAUAGUAUUUACUCAUCUAGUUUUAGAAAUGGAAUGAAGGUGAUUCCNUAUCAAAGAAAGAAGUUUAGAAAGGCUUAAUGUCCAAUUGUUGAGAGAUUGGCUGGAGCACUUAUGUUUCAUGGCAGAAAUACAGGUAAGAAAGUAAAGGCUGUGGCAAUAAUCAGACAUGCAUUUGAAAUUGUUCAUUUGUUGACAGGAAAAAAUCCACUUGCAGUAUUAUCACUUGCUGUCUAAAGAGGUGGAGCAAGAGAAGAUUUUACAAAAGUAGGAACUGGUGGUGUUGCCAAAUAAUAAGCUGUUGAUGUUGCUCCAAUUAGAAGAGUUAAUGAAGUAUAGAAUUGAAUGAUAAUGAAAGGCUGUUCACAAUUUAGCCAAAGGUGUUAGAGAAUCAGUAUUUAAGAAGAUGAAAACAAUAGCUGAAGCCUUAGCUGAUGAAUUGAUUGCAGCAUCCAAUGAAGAUGGAUAAAAGUCAUAUACAAUUAAAAAGAGAGACGAAUUAGAGAAAGUUGCCAAAACCAAUCGUUGAUUU